AUGAUGAGAGCAGCCGAGCCAGUGAUGACGCAGUCCCAGGAAAGACAGAGCGCUGUGGUGGACCGCCCUGGCCUCGACCCAAAUGCCCCCAAGGACUCCUGCCCCAUCCACCCCUCCCGCCCCCUUCAGUGCUUCCUGCCUCUGUCGUCCCACCGCAAAACCCAAUCCCUGAUCAAAGGCCAAAGAAGGGGGAAAAAACGCAGAGAGGAGACGAAAGAAGAGACAGAAGAGUGA